GUGGCGGUAAUGCACUCUUCAACUAUUGUUAACUGAAGGAAGAAGAAGGACGCGCUUCCGCUUUCAUUGCGUCCAUGCUGGUUUGAUUCUGUUUCUGUUUCUCUGAACCUGAAUCUGUUUGAUUCAUUUCACCAUGUCUAUUAAAUUAAAUGCUCUUUUCAGCGACUCAUAUGUGGAUGUAAGCCAGUAUAGAGACCAACAUUUUAAGGGCAACCGUUACGAGCAGGAGAAGCUGCUGAAGCAGAGCUGCUCGCUGUAUGUGGGAAACCUGUCCUUCUACACCACAGAGGAGCAGGUGCACGAGCUCUUCUCCAAGAGCGGAGAUGUCAAGAGGAUCGUCAUCGGCCUCGACAAAGUCAAGAAGACCGCCUGCGGCUUCUGUUUCGUCGAGUAUCCUUUCAGUUUCUGCAACAGAGGACCUGAAUGCUGUGAUAUUGUGUUGUCUUAACAUGUGAGCCCUCAAUCUUCCCUCUGCCAGCUCUCUCAACUCUUUAAGGAAGGUUUGGCUCACUUUUCUCCUCAAAAACUUAAUAACUUGCACAUACUUUUAUACACGCUCUCUCUCUGGCAAUUCAAAUCAAACUUUUAAAGGAUAAUUUACUAACCUUCAUGUCGUACCAAACCCAUCAGAAAGACAAAUGAAGAUACUUCUAAUGAAGUAUUAGAAGUGAUUUCUGUCCUUGCAUUGAAAUUCAGUUCCACCAAAGCUGCACAUUUGAGCUGCUGUGCUCUACUUUUGUGCGUUUUGAAAAUUAACAAAGGUCUUAAAGGGAUAGUUCACCCAAAAAUUAAAAUUUGGUGUUUAUCU